AUGUCCACUCCUCGCCUCCGUCGCAUGCCAAGACUCGUCAAUAAAGCAUACCGGUCUAUCCGCUGGAAUUGGCGUCACUUGCACUAUAGGGUUCCUCUCGGGUUGGGGAUUUUCUUGAUGGUUUGCUCGCCUCCACGCCUCUUCCUCUUGAAUUGCAAUGUCCAAGGUUUCUUGAGAGGAAUUCAAGCCACUACGAGGGAAAACUGUGCUUUGCAUACAAAAACAAAGAGCUGUUGGAUUGUGGAAAAUUAUCUGACGAAACCUGCCACUCGAUUUUGUGUGGAUUGGGUCAACAUGUCGAUGCUUUACAUUUAUCCAAAACCGAAGAAGAAGUCGACGGAUGGACAUCUGAGGAAGAUGAAGAACUUGACCAAGAAUACUGUCGCCAAGUUACCGAGUCUCUGGUACUCUUCUCAUGUCUCUGCUUUGAUUUGGUAUUUAGGUUCUGGUUUCGAUAUUGAUGGUAAAGUUUGUAUCCCAGCAUGUGGAAUCUCACCAGUCUUUCUAGGUGCUAAUAAAAACCCGCGUAGCGAAGUCGCUCUUUAUGGCCGUUUGGGAGUUCAUUGCUUCAACAUUGACAAGGAGAGGAAGUUUCAGUAUAUGCGCAUACCUAAAUACAAUGUUCAAUAUCCUGAAGCUAUGUCUUUCCAUAUAACCGUGGAGGUGAAUGAUCUUGCUGAUAAUUCAGCUCACACUUUACAGAACUUGGUCACAAGAUCUUUUUCUAGGAACGGAGAGGACUUAAGAGUCUCUACUGGAAUUUGCAGAAUCAAACCCAAAACACCUGAAAGAGAGAUCUGUCUUGUGGAUGAGGAAGCAAUAGAUAAGUUUUACAGAGGUGUUAUGCCCAACUUUGUGUCCAAACUAGGGGCUGACGAUGAUAAGCUGAGGUUCUACGAGGUUCAGGAGCAGGACGUAUGUGCAAAUGAUUGGUUACGUCUAUAUACUGAAUUCGCACUUUUCUCCUACUGGAGAUAUAAUGAGGACGGAUUUGAGUCUUGUUUACCUGUGGAGAUCAAGAAGAUAAUUGUGGAAACUUGUGACACUCACAGAGAGCCGCGUAUGAAGCUGAAAUUGAAUCCAUCCGACGCAGAUUUCAUCAAAUUCGCGAUCAUAUACGACAUGAUCCUCGUUGCAACGAUGAUUUCACUGUGGAUGAUGUUUCUUGGUGAGAAGCCUGAGUUCAUCGAUUUCGACAACUUUGAGCUAUCCAAAGUAACUUUCCGUGGAACGGUGGGGAUUUUAGGUAUAAUGAUGGCAGGUGCUUAUUUGUGUGGACCUAAUAACUGCAUCAUAUUUUGUUUGUUCGACGUUGCUUUGUUUGGCUAUAAGACCAUUGGUUUCAAAAGAAUUGGUAAAGAGUUGGCUAUGAUCUAUGGUUUCUUGGCUCUGGCUUUUUUGCUCAUGUACUUGUUUGGAUUCUUCUUUGGAGUUUUAUGGCUACUAGUUUCUCCUCCGAGUCUCCUUUUGGGUUUCCAAUUUCUCAAGCGAAGAAACGUAAAAGAAUCUCAAGAUUAGAUUGCUUGGAGAUGAAGAUAGCUUGGAGAUCACGAAGAUUUGGGUUUUAGGGUUUUCUUUUUCUUUUAGGGUUGAAAUCGUUUGGUGGUGAUUUUUAGUUUUCUGGUGUUGUAAUUACUGCGAUGAGUAAACUCAAGAUUAGAUGACUUGGUGAUGAAGAUUUAAAUCAGGGUUUUAGGGUUUUUUCAAGGGUUGAGUUUGUUGAGUUUUAGUUUUCAGGCGUUGUAAUUUUACUGCUAUGAGUUUGCU